AUGGCAGAGAGACUGAGUAUUUCCAAGGAGACCGCCUUGGGAAAGGUGGGCAACUCCGAUGACAGAGAUGCUGAAGUGCUCGAGAACAUGGGAAUCAGACCCUCUGAGAUGAAGCGGAGUUUCAAUGUUUGGUCGCUUCUCUUCAUGUCAUUCUGUACCAGCGUCACAUGGGAAGCGGUCUCCUCGGUUGUCGCCCAAGCUCUCACUUCAGGUGGAUGCUCCAGCUUCGUCUGGGGCUUCGUUGCUUCUGCUGCUGGGGCAAUGCUGGUCGUCUCUUGCCACGGAGAAUAUGCCAGCAUGAUACCGACAGCAGGGGGCCAGUACCACUACGUCGCCGAGAUGUCUCCUAUGCGUUAUCGAAGGAUCUUCUCUUGGUAUGCCGGCUGGAUGACCAUGAUCGGUUGGGUUCUCUGCGCCACCGCUGGUACUUUUGCUGGUGUGAUGCAAAUUCAAUCUUGGAUCAUACUUUUCAAAGAAGAUUAUGUGUAUGAACGAUGGCACACAAGUUUGAUAUUUAUCGGUUUUACAACCUACUAUUCGAUAACUGCCAUUUUCCAGCUAAAAUAUUUACACUAUAUGAUCUUCUUGGCAAUGUUUGCCCACAUCUUCGGGUACCUCGCAACACCAAUUUACUUGUUAGUAAACGUCGAAAAGAAGAAUACGGCAACAUACGUGUUUACAGACUUUACAAAUCUCAGCGGUUGGGAGAGCCCUGGUAUUAGUUGGUCAAUCGGUCUUUUGACUUCGGCAAUUGGAUUCGUGAACUGGGACAGUGCCCUCCAUAUGGCAGAGGAGAUGAAGGAUGCGUCCAAAGAUCUUCCAAGAACCAUCUUGGUUAGUGUUUUUGGCAGCGCGGUUCUCACAUUUCCGUGGAUCAUUGCCUUUGCCUUCUGCAUCACCGAUAUUCAAGGGGUGUUGAGCGGCCCCGUUGGAUUGAUCAGCCCAAUGGCUCAGCUGUUUUACAAUGUGUCGGGGGGGAAUCAAGCAGCCACGAUAGGCCUUACGAUCUUCCUGCCGCUAAUGUCAUUUUGCGGUACCGGCCAAGCUGUGAUAUCAUCGACAUCACGCGUUGUCUGGGCUUUUGCAAGAGAUGGGGGCCUCCCUAAUGUUUUUGCCCAAGUGGGAGAACGAACCAAGGUGCCUACAAACGCCAUAAUCCUGACGUGGGCUAUCAACUGUGCCAUUAGUUUGAUUUACAUCGGCAACGCGACUGCUUACUACGGCAUCUCAUCCGCCUGCACGGUUGCGCUUAUUUUGUCAUAUGCGUUCCCUCUCUUCAUCAAUGUCGUCUGGGGUUUCGAACACUGUGCUAUCCCCCGAGGCGCGUUUUCUUUGGGUCGAUUCCAUCGCCCCGUGGCCGCCGUGGCCCUUGCUUGGUGCAUCUACCUUACGAUCUUCCUUUGCUUUCCCACCUACUAUCCUGUAUCAAAGGACAACAUGAACUACGCGUCUGUCGUGCUUCUUGGUGGUACUUCUGUGGCGACGAUAAAUUGGUUCUUGUACGGGAAGUCCCAUUACGUUGGUACAACGUCAAGCGUCGAGGGUCAUUGA